CUCGGAGCGGGGCCCGCCCAGCCGAGCCGGGCGCAGGCGCAGGGAGCGGCCGCGUGGGGUGCGGGGGGAGGCGGCGCUUGGCCGGAGGGGCCCGCGGCGGGAUAUUCCGGGGCGGCGAGAGCGGAUCUGCCCUCUUGGGAUCCCAUGGCUUUCUUUCCUGGGCUGAGGGGCCCUUUCACCCACAUCAGCAGAGCCCUCAGCCAGCGCUGUUUCAGCACCACCGGGACCCUGGGUGCAAUUCAGAAGAUGACGCGGGUGCGUGUGGUGGACAACAGUGCCCUGGGGAACACCCCGUACCAUCGCCCUCCUCGCUGCAUCCACGUCUACACCAAGAAUGGGGUGGGCAAGGUGGGCGACCGGAUACUGCUGGCCAUCAAGGGACAGAAGAAGAAGGCGCUCAUUGUGGGGCACCGCAUGCCUGGUCCUCGGAUGACCCCCAGGUUCGACUCCAAUAACGUGGUCCUCAUUGAGGACAACGGGAACCCGGUGGGGACCCGCAUUAAGACACCCAUCCCCACCAGCCUGCGCCGGAGGGAAGGCGAGUUUUCCAAGGUGCUGGCCAUUGCUCAGAACUUUGUGUGAGCAGAGCCCAGCCGCCGCGGCGGUGGGGCUCCUGAAGGAGCAGUUCCGAUAACCGCGCCCUUGCUGGCGGGGGGUUUGGGGCCCCGUGGCUGGGGAACAGUGUCCUGUGAGGAAUAAACAUUUUCACAUGUG